AUGGCCGGCGGCCACCACCUCUUACUGGAGAAUGCGCGGCAAGUGGUGCUGGUGUGCACCCGCGGCGAGCGCUUCCUGGCCGGGGACGCGCUGCGCAGCCUGGAGGUGCUGGAGGGCGCCAGCCUGGUGGUGGGCACAGAUGGGUUAAUAAAAGCCAUCGGUCCUGCUGAUGCUAUCCAAAAACAGUUUUCAGGAGAAACAUUUGAAGAAAGAAUUGACUGUUCUGGGAAAUGCAUCUUGCCAGGUUUAGUGGAUGCACACACACAUCCAGUAUGGGCUGGUGAAAGAGUUCACGAGUUUGCAAUGAAGUUGGCAGGAGCCACAUACAUGGACAUCCAUCAGGCUGGAGGAGGGAUCAACUUCACGGUGGAGCGCACCCGCCAGGCCUCUGAGGAGGAGCUGUAUAGCUCCUUCCAGCAGCGGCUUGGGUGCAUGAUGCGGGCAGGGACCACGCUGGUGGAGUGCAAGAGUGGAUACGGCCUCAGCCUGGAGACGGAGCUCAAGAUGCUGCGGGUGAUUGAGCGCGCCCGGCGGGAGCUGGACAUCAGCAUCUCGGCCACCUACUGCGGAGCCCACUCCGUGCCAAAAGGAAAAACUGCUUCUGAGGCCGCUGAUGACAUCAUCAAAAACCACCUCCCAAGGCUGAAGGAACUUGGCAGAAAUGGGGAAAUACACGUUGACAAUAUAGAUGUGUUCUGUGAAAAGGGUGUCUUUGAUCUUGAUUCCACCAGAAGAAUUCUUCAAAGUGGGAAGGAUAUAGGGUUACAGAUUAACUUCCAUGGGGAUGAACUCCACCCCAUGAAGGCUGCUGAGCUUGGGGCGGAACUGGGAGCCCAGGCCAUCAGUCACCUGGAAGAAGUGAGUGAUGAAGGCAUCGCUGCCAUGGCAACAGCCAGGUGCUGUGCUAUCCUCCUGCCCACUACGGCCUACAUGCUGAGACUGAAGCAACCUCGAGCCAGGAAAAUGUUAGAUGAAGGAGUAAUAGUCGCCCUGGGCAGCGAUUUUAACCCUAAUGCGUAUUGUUUUUCAAUGCCAAUGGUUAUGCAUCUGGCAUGUGUGAACAUGAGAAUGUCCAUGCCCGAGGCCUUGGCCGCUGCCACCAUCAAUGCCGCUUAUGCCCUGGGAAAAUCCCACAUACAGGGAUCUUUGGAAGUUGGCAAGCAGGGAGAUCUCAUUAUCAUCAGUUCACCCAGAUGGGAGCAUUUGAUUUACCAGUUUGGAGGCCAUCAUGAAUUAAUUGAUUAUGUUAUAGCUAAAGGAAAGGUCAUCUAUAAAAAAUGA